AUGCCCCCAAAAUCUAGCGGUGUUGCCAAGCAGCGUCCCAUGCGACGGAAAGUCGCAUUGGCGUGCGAUCCAUGCCGGGAGAAAAAGAUCCGCUGUGAUGGAGGCAAACCGAUCUGUGGGUCAUGCGACCGAAAGUCCUAUGGAAUUGCCCAAUGCUCAUACAGCAUGGAUAACCCCAGGACCGCUAGUCAAGAUGAGUACAUCCGGGUCCUACGGUCGCGCAUCACUGAACUCGAGGAUCUAUGUCUACGGGCCGGGGUGUCAGCACCGGAUCUACACAGGGACUCACCACACCAGAAAGACUCACCUUCACAUGAACCUCAGUAUUCAAAUCGGAAUCGGCAGUCGUCCUCCUCAAGGGUUGCCCAAGGUAGCCUAGUGUGUCAAGAGAAUGACAGUUCUCCCCACGAUGAGCGGCUUUCGGAUGGCCGGAGCCUGCAUACUUCAAGAACACUCCCAAGAGAUCAUCCACCCCAGAAUUCUCUAUCUUCUCUUCAAGAAGCAGAAGAAGCAUCUCAAAGGAUGUCCAACCACCCUCGGAACGAUCCGAACCGCAAUCCCCUCCGUGGGGAGCAGACCUCCGCAUCUCCACACUUUGACACCCCUGGUCGUGUCACGGCAAUGGGCCAAAUCUCGACGCCAGAUGAUACUUUGGCAUCUCCAGCUCCACCUCGGGAAUUCUAUGGAUCUUCCUCCAUUGCAUCACUGAUGAGAUUUGCACGGUUGUCUGUCCCUAUGCAAUCUUCGCCCCGGGCCAAAGGUGGUACCAAUACCUCAUCAAUGGAUUGCCAGUAUCACGAGUCACCUAACACACAGUACCGACUCAAUGACUUCACACUCCCACCCCGCUCACUAGCAGAUCACCUUCUGAAUUGCUUUCUUGACCGUGUGGCCUGCAUCUACCCAUUUUUCGAUCGACCUAGCUUCGAGAAAGCGUACGAUAACCUGUGGAAGUCGGAAAGGGAUGGUAUGAACAAGCUACCAGACAUGCAUAUCGGCCUCGGAGGAAGGUCUGACUCGUCCCCCAAAUCGAUCGUGCUCCAUUGUGCUCUAAAUGGGAUGUUUGCGCUUGGAUGCCAUUUCUCAGACCUUCCGCUGCAGGAGCGAGAGGCAACAGCCCACUCCUUCUUCCUCCGCUGCAAACGCUUCGUAGGACUUGAUCUCCUCGAGAUCCAUACAGUCGGAGUAGUUCAGACUCUUCUUAUUGUCGCUCUAUACUUGCAGAGCAGCCCGUACCCUAGUAGAUGCUGGAAUGCCAUUGGGUUAGCAUGCCGCCUCGCCCAAGGCCUGGGCUUGCAUGAAACCAACAAAGGGUCCUCGAUGACAGUAUUAGAAGCGGAAGUACGGCGCAGGACAUGGCAUGGAUGUGUUAUGCUAGAUGUCUUCGUGAGCAUGACACACGGUCGGCCAAGCAUGACCAGCCAUCUCUCCCCGAUUCCAUUGCCUUUUGCCACAGGGAAGGAUGUUCCUCUUACUAUGGGGUUCUACGUGGCAACUAUCAAGCUCUAUCGAAUUCUGGAUAGGAUUCUUUCAGAUGUGUAUAACAUGUGGCGAGGCCGUUUCAACGAGGAAUCAAAACGAUCGACACCAUGGUCCGAAGGAAACUUCGAUUCCCUUUUAGAACUGGAACGGCAGCUACAGUCCUUCAAGGACACCCUACCACCCUAUCUAAGCUGGAGCGCUUCUAGUCGCCCAGAGUGCCACAUUGAGGAAUCGGAUAUUAUUGAGCGUCAACGAAAUAUCCUUCAGUCACGGUACUACUACAUCCGGCUACUUCUCUACCGACCAAUCUUUACCCAGGUGUGCUCGGAUUAUACUUCGCCCCAGCACCCACAUGAAUCCCGAAAAGACAAACAUCCGGCCUGGAAAGAUGCCGAGAGCACCCUACAAUCCUGCAUAGUAGAUAAAUGUGCAGCUACCUGUGUUUCCACUGCCACUGAGCUUAUUCACUUAAUCUAUGAGACAUACUCAACACCAUACACUGAUUCUUGGUGGUAUAAUGGCUUUUACACCUCUACAUGCGCCCUCGUCCUCAUAAUGGCCCACUCAGUACCCUCACUAUCCGACUCGAUCGAUAUUGUCAGAGUUCAAGAAGCCUGGGAGAAAUGCGAGAAGAUCCUCUCACACAUGGGUACAUUCAGCCAAUCUCACGGACAUCGCUUCGCUUCUUACAGGCGGCUUUCAGUCAAUAUGUCCAUGGUCGCUCCUCAUCUAUGCCCAUUUCUAAUGUGGAACUGA